CAGACGACGAAGAGCGAGGCUAACUAGUGUUAGCUCUCCGGAAGCUCCGUGCUGACCUCCGCUGCUCCAGCAAACAUGGCCGCUGUUCGAGCCCUUGGUCUCCUCUCCAAACUGACAUCCAGGAGGUACGCCGCGGCACCAGGAAGUACCUUCCGCACCUUCUCAGUGGCUUCUCCAAUGCUAGCCCGAACCCACGUCAACUAUGAGGUCAAGGGCGACGUCGCCGUGGUUCGAAUCAACGACCCCAAUUCCAAGGUCAACACGCUGUCGGUCCAGAUGCAGAAAGAGCUGACAGAGGUGAUGGACGAAGUGUGGGCCAAUAACGCCGUCCAGAGUGCCGUCCUCAUCUCGUCCAAGCCAGGGUGCUUCAUCGCCGGAGCCGAUAUCAACAUGAUCCAGGCCUGCAACAGCCCAGAGGAGGUCACCGCACUCUCCCAAGAAGGCCAGAAGAUGUUCGAGAGGAUCGAAAAGUCCCCAAAGCCCAUCGUGGCUGCCAUUAAUGGAUCCUGCUUAGGAGGUGGCCUGGAGUUCGCCAUCGCGUGCCAGUACAGGGUGGCCACCAAGAGCAAGAAGACGGUGCUGGGUACCCCCGAAGUCAUGCUGGGUCUUCUGCCUGGCGCUGGUGGCACACAGAGACUCCCCAAAAUGCUUGGCCUGCCCAACGCCUUUGACAUGAUGCUGACCGGAAGAAACAUCAGGGCAGAUAAAGCCAAGAAGAUGGGGCUCAUUGACCAGCUAGUAGACCCUCUUGGUCCGGGUCUGAAGAGCCCGGAAGAAAGAACCAUCGACUACCUGGAGGAGGUGGCCAUCGAAUGUGCAAGAGGGAUCGUGGGCAAGAAGAUCUCCCUGCGUAAGGAGAAGGGCACCAUGCAGAAAAUUCAAGACUACGUGAUGAGCUUUGAGCUGGUGCGCAAUCAGAUUUACAAAACGGUCCACGGUAAAGUCAUGAAGCAGAGCAAGGGGCUUUAUCCCGCACCUCUUAAGAUCAUUGAAUGUGUGAAGACCGGAGUGGAGCAAGGUCCCGACGCCGGUUACUUAUCUGAGUCGCAGAACUUUGGACAGCUGGCGAGAACCACGGAGUCCGCAGCCCUGAUCGGCCUCUAUCACGGUCAGGUCACGUGCAAGAAGAACCGCUUCGGAGCUCCUCAAAAGGAAGUCAAGACUCUGGCUAUUCUGGGAGCGGGCUUGAUGGGAGCAGGCAUCGCCCAGGUGACCGUGGACAAAGGUGUGCACACCAUCCUGAAGGACACCACUGAGGCCGGCCUGGCCCGCGGCGAGCAGCAGGUUUACAAAGGGCUGAACGACAAGGCCAAGAAGAGGAGCAUCACCACCUUCGAGAGAGACUCCAUCCUGUCCGGCCUGAGCGGCAAGCUGGACUACAGCGGCUUCCAGAAGGCCGACAUGGUGAUCGAGGCCGUGUUUGAGGACAUGAGCGUCAAGCAUGCGGUGCUGAAGGAGGUGGAAGCGGUGGUUCCUCCUCACUGCAUCUUUGCCAGCAACACCUCCGCACUUCCCAUUAAGGAAAUCGCCGCCGCCAGCAAGAGGCCAGACAAGGUCAUCGGCAUGCAUUACUUCUCUCCAGUGGACAAGAUGCAGUUGCUGGAGAUCAUCACCACCGAUCAGACCUCCAAGGACACCACGGCGUCGGCGGUGGCCGUCGGCCUGAAGCAGGGCAAAGUCAUCAUCGUGGUCGGGGAUGGACCAGGAUUCUACACCACUCGCUGUUUGGCUCCCAUGUUGGCUGAGGCUGUGCGAGUAUUUCAGGAAGGGGCAGACCCAAAGAAGUUGGAUUCACUCACCACCAGCUUUGGCUUCCCUGUGGGCGCCGCCACUCUGAUUGACGAGGUCGGCAUCGACGUCGCCGCCCACGUGGCUGAAGACCUCGGCAAGGCUUUCGGCUCCCGUUUCGGCGGCGGGGACGUGGAGGUUCUGAAGACUCUGGUGGAGAGGGGAUUCAAGGGUCGCAAGUCUGGCAAGGGUUGUUACGUGUACCAGCCUGGUCUCAAAGUCCGAGAAGUCAAUCCGGACGUGGCAGACAUCUUGGAGAAAUACAAAAAGGCGCCUAACCCCGCUGUUUCGUCCGACUCCGACGUCCAAUACCGACUGGUGUCCCGGUUCGUCAAUGAGGCCGUGCUGUGUUUACAAGAGGGAAUCUUGAACGGACCUCUGGAAGGAGACAUCGGAGCAGUUUUUGGCCUGGGGUUCCCCCCCUGCCUUGGAGGGCCGUUCCGCUUUGUGGACACCCUGGGAGCCGACAAGCUGGUGGAGAAGAUGCGGCGGUACGAGGCCGUCUACGGCAACCACUUCACGCCGUGCCAACUCCUCCUGGAUCACGCCAACGACCCGAGCAAGAGGUUUCACAAGUGAAGGCCAACAUGUUUGCCUGUAGCACUUCAACAAACUGCAGUAUGUCACAACAACGUGCCUAAAACCAGCGACCGUAAUCCUAAUCGGAUGAUAGACCGUAUGACGCUGUAAGGUUCCUAAAGAUAUUACUUGUACUGAUCUGCUUUUUUUGUACGCGAAAAUAGUUUAUGGGUGGAGUUGGAUGAUCAUGUAAAUGUAGGGAUGAAUAAAAUGUUGUUAUUGAAA